AUGGGGGUGGCGACGGGGGCGGAGAUGGAUCUGCUCACGGCGCGCGAAGUCGCUCUCGCGCGCUUCUGCGCCCGCUUCUUCCCGAGCGCCGUCGUGGCCGAGAUGGCUCUGGUCAGCGGCGCGCGGCCAACCUGGCGGGCAACGCUCGCCAAGGAUCCCAGCAGGCCCACGUUGUUCUUGCUUGACUGCAUUGCGUCGCCCCGGUCCGCCCUCGCCGCCUCGAUCUCCGCGGCGCGCUCGAGCGCGAUGGCCUGCGGGCCCUCGCCCGCGAGCUCGCGCCUCGCGCGGGACAUGGAAACCAAGCCUCUGAACGGCGGCAAAAGCACAGAAGUUUCUUCCCAGUACGAGAAGAUCGAGCAAAAGAAGGCUGACACCACAAAGCGCGUGGCAAAGGUCACCAAGGCGGUGUCAGACUACCUUGAGAAUUGGCUCGACGAGUUGCACGCAAUCGACAGGGACGAUCUGUUCGCGAAGAAGCGCCUCGAGUUGAGCAAGAAGGGCCCCCCGGAGGCGCGCCAGGCGAAGGUCUGCGACAACGGCAAUGUCUACCAGGGCGAAUGGGUGGAUAAUUUCAGGCACGGCACGGGCAGCCAGCAUGGCAAUGGAUACAUUUAUGAGGGCCAGUGGGAGGCCAACGUGUAUCACGGCACGGGAGUUCUCGAGAUGCCUAGCGGCGUCACGUACGACGGGCAGUUCUUCAAUGGGAAGCGCCAUGGAGCGGGCUUCGAGAAUGCGCCCAACGGAACACGAUACGAGGGCCAGUACAUCAACGGCUUCAAGAGCGGCCAGGGCACUUUCUUCAUGGCCGACAGUUCAUCCUACAGAGGAGACGUGUCCGGGAACAAGAUGCACGGGAAG